AUGACCGGUUUGGAAUUCGUGAAACGUGGGACAAAGAUCGUUCUACUCGGCGUCGGUUCGUUCAAUCCGCCAACGAUUAUGCAUCUACGAAUGUUCGAGAUUGCUCGCGAUCACCUCGAGAUGAUAUUAGGAUGCAAAGUUGUUGAGGGAAUCAUGAGCCCAGUUGCCGACACGUACGGAAAAACCAAUCUAGCAAGUGCUACUCACAGAUUAGAAAUGACGCGACUUGCGGCAGCAACAUCGACGUGGAUUCGGGCAGAUGGAUGGGAGAGCACGCAGAAAAGUUGGUCACGAACACUUCAAGUCCUUGGACAUCAUCAAGAACAAGCGAAAGAAAAAUACGGUAAUGAGGUUCGAUUGAUGUUGGUUGGUGGAGGAGACCUUGUCGACUCUUUUACGAGAAUAUUGGAAAAUGGUGAGAAUCUUUGGCAUCCAAAUGAUAUUUCGUCGAUUGUGAGCGAUUAUGGACUCCUUGUGAUUUCUCGCGAGAACUCGGAUCCGUUGGGAACGUUGAAUAAGAUGGAAUUUCUUCGAAACAAUCAAGAAAAGGUUCAAUUCAUAACCGAAGAUGUUUGUCCAUGUGAUGUCUCGUCGACGAGGAUUCGAAAGGCGAUAAAAGAAGGUCGAUCGAUCAAAUACGCCGUCGUCGAUCCCGUUCUUGACUAUAUUCAGAAAGUAGGAUUGUAUCAU